AUGGAGGUCGGCGGUAAUGACGCGCUGAAUUAUUUCUUCGCGCACAACGGCGUGCCUAAGGACACCGACAUCUCGAUUAAGUACAGCUCGCCCGUCGCCGAAGCGUAUCGCGGGAAGAUCCAGGCGGCGGCGGAGGGAACAGGCCCGCCGCCUAACGCGAACAUCGCGGGCGCAUCACCCGCUCGCGCUCCCCCUCCUGCUGCUGCUUCUGCAGGAGCUGGGGGGGCGUCGUCAGCAGGCGGGUUCGGAUCAAACGACAGCUGGGCAAACUGGGGGGAUGGCGAGAGCGGCGGAGUCGGAUCCGCGCAUUCCAGCCCCGCGAACGCGCACACGACAGCGGCGGCCCAGGGGAACAUGCGCAGGCACCAGUCGGAAAACAGCAUGUAUGGAUCUGCCGGGGGGGGCGGCGCAGGGGCGCAGUGGGAGGGCGGAAGAGGCGGGGAGACCAGGCCCGGCGGCGGAGGUGGAGGGGGGAGUAAGCGGGGAGGAGCGAUGGGGCAGCAUACAGGGUCAGCAUCGGACGUGUAUUCUAAAGAGCAGCUGGAGGCGUCGGCGGCGGACAAGGACAAUUUCUUUGCGCGCAAGCUGGCGGAGAAUUCGCGGCGGCCUGACGGGGUUCCGCCGAGCCAGGGCGGCAAGUACGUGGGAUUCGGGAGCACGCCGAGUCGCGCGCCGAGCAAGCCGAGCGCAGGAGACGACGUGCUUGAGGACUCGAUCAAGGCGGUCUCGGAGGGCUUCCGAUCCAUCUCCAUGGUUGCCAUUGGCGCAGCCAGCUCUGCAGCGGCUGUGGUGCAAGAAAAGAUGCGCGAGGGCGGGUACGACCAGAAGGCCAAGGAGACGGCCACAGUGGUAGCAAGCCGCACUGCGGAGCUAAGCCAGAAGGCAUGGGGCUUCAUGCGCUCUGUCACUGAGAAGGCUGUGGAGGCUGUGGAAGGCGGGUUAGGAGGUGGCCUUGGGGGCCCAGGCAUUGGCGGCGGUGGAGGUGCAAGCAGCAGCAACGGGUAUGGCGGCUCUGAGUCAACUCAAGAGAAGAAACCGAGUGAAGGUAUUAGUAGUGGUGGUAGCAAGGGGUUUGCCAAGUUUGAUGACAGUGCUCUGAAAGGCGGUGAGGGCUUUGGUGACUGGGAUGACUGGAAAGAUGAUGGUGGUGACAAUGAUAUAAGUGGAGGAGGUAAAGGAGGACACAGGGAAAGUGGGUCAUCAGCACCAAAGCCUGCUGCAGUUCCUGUGAAGAAAUUCUCCAUCUCUGCUGCAGCCCCUGCGCCUGCCGCUAUACCAGUAUCAGGGCUUGUGCCCCCACCUGUGAAACCACCUGGCGCUGCAGCCCCCUCUGCUGCAUACGCAAAGCCCUCCCAAUCUUCCUUCGAGGCCUCGCUGAUUUCCUUUGACGAUGGACCGUCAGCUCCUUCAGCGGCACACAUGGCUCCUAUGUCUUCUGCGGUGGACCCCUUAGCAGCUCUCAUGGGAGGCAGCGCUCCUGGUACGGGCAUGGGCAGUGGGUUUGGAGCAUCUGGAUCAGCUGCAGGUGGCGGUGCGGCGUGGAAUGGAUUUGAUGCCUUUUCCACAUGUCCCCCUGCUGCUGCCGAUCCUUGGCAGGGGGCUGGAUUCCAGUCCGCCCCUCCUGCUGGAGUCUCGGCUUCAAAGCCGGCACAAGAUGAUGACUUUGAGUGGGGUGGGUUCCAUUAA